GUUAUUCUGGUUUCGUUAACAUCAUUUUUUCCCGUAAAUUUAUUAUUGAUAUUUAUAAAUAAAUAAGUAAUUAAAUAAAAACGCCCCCACUUAAAUUAAUUGUAUAUAAUUACAUAUCAUUCAUCCAACAGCAUCAAUUAACCGUUGUUUUGAUCGUUACAUGGUGCGUUAAAGGGAUUAAAGAGGAAAUUGAGGUGCUUUAAAGUGUAAACAAUACGCUCGUCGUCCUUCCUGCACUGUCUACAUUCAGAACCUUUCGUACUGAAAACCUCACCUAAUCUUACCUUUAGGAGUAUGAACCGUAGUGAUGUCAUCAACAAUUAGAGAAGCUUCAUUACGACACAAUGGAUUCAACUGGUACAGUCGAAGGAUUGAGGAACACGUCUGUAGUUAUCCUUACCCUUGAAACCAAUGAGGUGUAUAUUGUUGUUAGCUUGUCUUCUAGGACAGAUACUCAAGUCAUUUUUAUUGAUCCAACAACUGGGUCCCUUCAGCAUGACCGAAAGCCGGGUUAUGACAUAUUUAACUCCCAAGAUGAAGCACUAAACUACAUAACAGAUGGUUCAAAGUUGAUUUGCAAGAGUACAACUUACGCCAAAGCUAUAUUGGGUUAUGCAGUACUUGGGAGUUUUGCCUUGCUGCUUGUUGCUACAAAGUUGACUGCUAGCAUUCCAUAUUUGCCAGGUGGCGGGUGUGUAUACACCAUUAAUGAGAGCAAAUGGAUCAAGUUAUUCCUUCAUAACCCUCAACCGCAGGGUAAAGGAGAAGUAAAAAAUAUUCAAGAACUUACUGAACUUGAGAUUGAUGGAAAACACUACUUUUGUGAAACAAGAGACAUCACCCGGCCAUUUCCUAGUCGUGUUUCCCAAAAAAAUCCUGAUGAUGAAUUUGUUUGGAAUGGGUGGUUCUCAAUGGCUUUCAGAAGAAUUGGGUUGCAGCAGCACUGUGUCAUUUUGCUGCAGGGAUUUGUAGAAUAUCGAACAUUUGGAAGCUUAGGCCAGCAAGAAGGCAUUGUUGCACUCAUAGCUCGUCGCAGUAGGCUGCAUCCAGGCACUCGAUACAUAGCAAGGGGGAUGAACUCUUGUUACAGCACAGGAAAUGAAAUUGAGUGUGAGCAGCUUGUAUGGGUUCCAAAACGGGCUGGUCAAAGCGUGCCUUUCAAUACUUACGUUUGGAGACGAGGCACUAUUCCUAUCUGGUGGGGUGCGGAACUAAAGAUGACUGCUGCAGAAGCAUCAAUUUAUGUUUCUGAUCGUGAUCCUUAUAAAGGAAGUGAACGGUAUUACCAGAGAUUAAGCAAGAGAUACGAUACUCAGAAUUUAGAUGUUGGCGCAAAUCAAAAUAAAAAUGGAUCUGUUCCUAUUGUGUGUGUCAAUUUGCUUAGAAAUGGAGAAGGGAAAUCAGAAUCCAUUUUAGUUCAACAUUUUGAGGAAUCGUUGAAUUUUAUCCGCUCAACCAAUAAACUUCCUAGUACCAGAUUUCAUUUGAUACAUUAUGAUUGGCAUACAAGUGUCAGAUUAAAAGGUGAACACCAGACCAUUGAAGGACUUUGGUACCAUUUGAAAGCACCCACGAUAUCCAUAGGCAUAUCUGAAGGUGAUUAUCUACUUUCUCGUGAGCAAUUGGAGGAGUGUGAAGGUGAAAAAAUCUGUAAUGAUGACAUCAUUGGCUUCUUCUGCUUACGAGUACAUCAAAAUGGAGUAAUUCGCUACAAUUGUGCUGAUUCUUUGGAUCGCACAAACGCUGCUAGUUUUUUUGGUGCCCUUCAAGUUUUCACAGAGCAAUGUAGGAGGCUUGGGAUAUUUCUUGACAAUGAAUUGGCAAAUGGUCAGCAAUCACCUCAUAAUCACAGUGGAUUGGAAAAGCAUUCUGACAUGUUAACCGGAAACUCAAAUGAUAUUAAUAACAAGACUAGGACCACAAGCCGGAAAGAUAAGCCAUGGAAGCGAUUUGACAUGACAUUUGAGGAGUUCAAACGGUCAACCCUUUUAUCACCAGUAUUUUUGUUAGCUGACCUUUUCUUGAUUGCUGGUGAUGUUCAUGCAACACUGUACACGGGUUCUAAAGCAAUGCACAGUCAUAUUCUCAACAUAUUUAGUGAGGAUGCUGCAAAAUCCAAACAAUUUUCUGUGGCACAAAAUGUGAAAAUAACCCUUCAGAGAAGAUAUAAUAACGCAGUUGUAGAUAGCUAUCGUCAGAAGCAGUUAGAGAUGUUCCUUGGAUUAAGGCUUUUCAAGCAUCUCCCGUCAGUAUCAAUCCAGCCUUUGCAUGUCGUUACUAGACGAUCUGGCUUCCUUCUUAAACCGGUUGCCAGCAUUGACCAAAGAUCUGACGAUGGAAACUGUCUUCUCAAUUUUAAGCAAAAAGAUCUCCUCUGGGUUUCGCAACAGGCAGCUGACAUAAUACAACUUUUUAUUUACCUUGGAAAGCCUUGUCAUGUUUGCCAACUUCUUCUCACAAUUUCACAUGGUGCAGAUGAUUCAACAUACCCAUCUACAGUUGAUGUGAGAACAGGACGUGAUCUAGAUGUGCUUAAACUAGUUGUGGAGGGAGUCCCCAUUCCCAGGUGUCCUAAUGGUACAAAUAUGGUGAUACCCUUACCAGGACCUAUUAGUGACAAGGAUAUGGCUUUGAAUGGAACAAGCCUACAUGCCCCUAAAACCAACCUUCCAUUUCUGUACGAUUUCAGAGGACUGGAAGGCAAAUUGGACUUUCUUACUCGUGUGGUGGUACUCACAUUCUAUCCGUCUGAAUCAACCAAUUCCCCCGUCACUCUUGGUGAGGUAGAAAUACUUGGAAUUUCUCUUCCUUGGAGAGACAUCUUUCAUGCUGAAGGCCCUGGUGCUAAGUUAUGGGAAGGUGUUGCUAAUGUUAAAGAUAAAUUUAACUAUCUCCCGUUUAAAUCAGACAGCAAGCCUGAUGUCGCUUCGAUCAAUACUGAAUUCUCUCCUGGAAAAUCUGAUACACCCACUAGCCCUCAGGUAGACCUCUUGACGGGUGAUGACAUGAUUUCAGGAUUCGAUUCGCAUCCAAUGACAGAGAUUAGUCUGCAAGAUCCAUGUCUCAAUCUAGAUGAUGUUCACAAUGAAGAGAAUGAAUCUCGAAGAGUUUCAGUGCAAGAUAACACACCAACUAAAACGUGUCCGCAGCAGUACCUAAACUCCUUUGAAAUGUUGACUGCCUCACGUUGGGAUAACAAAUUAAGCUUUGUAGAAGCGAUGAAACUUGAAAUUGAACGUCUUCGUUUUGGUCUUUCUGCGGCUGAAAGGGAUAGGGCUUUAUCAUCUAUUGGCAUAGAUCCAGCUACUAUAGAUCCCAAUGCACUGAUAGAAGAAUCUUACAUAGGUUCAUUAUGCAAGGCGGCAGAUGCCCUUGCAGUUCUUGGUCAAGCUUCUCUAGAGGACCGGAUUACUGGUGCUAUUGGUCUUGAUCCUAUAGAUAAUUAUAAUGAUAUUGAUUUCUGGAAUAUUAGUAAAGUUGGUGAAGGUUGUUGUGGAGAACCAUGCCAAGUUCGUGCGGAAACUUCAACUUUGGCUUCUUCUUCAGAAUCAACAUAUUUGUGUUCUGUGUGUCAACAGAAGGUUUGCAGAGUUUGUUCUGCUGGUAAAGGAGCCAUCCUUCUUCGAAACAAUACUAGUAGAUCAAGUUAUAGCAACAUGGAUGGGGUUAUUUGUAAGAUGUGCUGUGAUGAUAGUGUUCUUGAUGCAUUAAGUUUGGACUAUAUUAGGGUUUUAAUCAGUCACCGAAGAAGUAGUCAUGCUGAAACUGCUACUUAUAAAGCUUUGGGUAAAGUGGUAGGGAGUAACGAUAUCCCUGGAAAAAAGGAGUCAAGUGAAAUGUAUGGAGCUUUCACAGCCAUUCAACAAUUGCUCAAUGGAGAGGAAUCGUUAGCUGAAUUCCCAUUUGCAAGUUUUUUGCACUCGAUUGAAUCAGCUUCGGGUUCAGCACCACCCUUGUCAUUGCUUGCACCUUUAAAUGCUGGAUUACGCCAGUCAUACUGGAAAGCUCCAUCGACUACCUCGUCUGCUGAGCUUAUUAUUGUCCUUGGCAAUCUUUCUGAUGUAUCCGGGGUCGUUCUUCUUGUUAGUCCUUGUGGCUAUUCUAUGUCUGAUUCCCCAACAGUGCAAAUCUGGGCUAGUAAUAACCUACACAAGGAAGAAAGAUCAUGUGUUGGAAAAUGGGAUGUUAGAUCACUUAUCACAUCUUCCCCAGAGCUUUGUGGUCCAGAAAAAUCUGGUAAGGAGGGUCAAACUCCUCGCCACAUCAGAUUUGACUUUCGAAAUCCCAUCCUUUGCCGCAUGAUUUGGAUCACACUAAGUAUCCAAAAAGUUGUUUCUAGUUCUGUUAGUUUUGGGAAGAAUUUCAAUCUUUUAUCCUUGGAUGAUGAUUCUUCCUCUGGGCUCGGCAGGCGUGCCUCUAUAGCAGGGACCUCUGAAAGCAAUCCAUGUAUUCAUGCAAAAAGAAUUCUAGUAGUCGGAUAUCCGGUGAAAACAGAUAUAGGGCGGUUAUCCUCCAGAAGUUCUGAUCAUGUUAGCAGCAUAAGAAACUGGUUGGACAAAGCUCCAUUAUUAAAUAGAUACAAGGUUCCAAUAGAGUCUGAGAAAUUGAUUGACAAUGAUCUGGUCUUGGAACAAAACAUUUCUCCAGCUUCACCGCUGGUUGCAGGAUUCCGCCUUGAUGGUUUUAGUGCUAUGAAACCUGAACUAACCCAUUCACCCUCUUCAAAUGUAAAUGCAUUGGACGUAUCAUCUAUUGUCUUUCAACAUAAAUUCUUAUAUCCAGCGGUACUACAUAUUCAAGUAUCGGCAUCACAGGGGUCAGCGGAGGAAGAGGUGGUGGUUGCAGAAUUCCGGAUUCCUGAGGUGAAGGACGGCACUGCCAUGUAUUUUGACUUCCCAAAAGUAAUGAGAAGUCGAAGGAUAUGGUUUCGACUGGUCGGAGAUGUUACCAGUUUCGCAAAUGACCCUGAAGAUGGUGAUGCAGGGCGGGCAUUGGCCGCAGGCUUAAUUUUAUUAAACCGGGUCAAGUUAUAUUACUAUGCCCACCCUUCUGAUCUUGGAAGAUGGGCUAGCCUCUCUGUUAUAUGAUUUUAUCACGUCUAUAGUAAUUUUGUUAUUAUUAUUCUUAUUCUUUAUAUCAUUUAUUAUUUGUAUUUGUAGUUCAAAAUAAUCAUUUCGCCUUAUUUCAGGGUUGUUUGCUGAUUUUGACAAAUUGUGAUAGUAUUAUAAAGGUCAAAAUAAUAAGCAAGGAAAAGCAUGUAAAUUGUAAAGCGUUGUUGAAACAAAACUAAUUUUGAGGGAAAUGUAAACCUGUUAAUCAUUGUGUUAGCAA